CUGAAAGCUUUUAUUAUGAAAAAUGUGAAACAGAGUGGAUGUAGAUUCGCUAUCUUGACAGUUGGCGGUAAGGGCUUCAUCAACAACUGAAGUGUAAGGUACCUGAGCCAUGAGUGAGUUUCGGAUACACCAUGACGUCAACGAGCUGCUCAGUCUGCUUCAUGUCGGAGGUGGUGAUGGGGCAGAAGUGUAUAUUGAUCUGCUACAGAAGAACAGGACACCUUACGUCACCACAUCCGUGUCUGCGCACAGUGCAAAGGUCAAAAUAGCGGAGUACUCAAAGACGCCAGAGGACUUCCUUAAAAAAUAUGAAGAGCUUAAGUCAAAAAAUGCCCGCAACCUGGACCCACUGGUGUACCUUCUAUCAAAGCUUAGCGAGGACAAAGAGAUGCUCCAGUGUCUGCAACAGAAUGCCAAAGAAAGGUCAGAAGCAAAUGCUUCAUCAGCUACAAGCACAUCCUUUGCAAUCCCUCCAACUAGCUCCAAGAUGUCCAUGCAGGAAUUCGAAGAGUUGCGCAAGAAGCUGGGGAACGUCACUGCCAGCUCCCAGGUGCCCCAGUCUGCCGAAGUCACACGAAAGAUGCUGAGAGACAGGCACAACAAGAAGAACCCUACUCAGCCCAACCCGGUGUUCCCCAACUGGGUGUAUGACCGGCCCGCUCUGAUCGGGGACUUCAUUACUGGCGCCACACCUGCUGGAGGGGACCCAACAGUGGCCAUUGGUACACUGCCUUUACCAGCCCAGGAACAGGCUCUGGUUGAUGACUUGUUAUUCGUGCUGAUCGGCGUGGAUGGCAGAGACAUCACAGCCCAGCCUGUCCUCGGGAGACAGAACCGCUCCUUCAUCGUUGACCCCACCCUGGACAUGUCCGUCAAGGAGCUGGUCAACCGGAUACUGCCAGUGGCCUCAUACUACUCAACCAUAACACGCUUCACCGAAGAGAAGUGGUCCUUUGAGUAUGGCCAGGUGAACCACGCCCUGACGGCGGCCAUGAGGACCCUGAUGAAGGAGUACCUCAUCCUGGUGACCCAGCUGGAACACCUGCACAGGCAGGGCAUGCUCUCCCUGCAGAAGCUCUGGUUCUACAUCCAGCCCACUAUGAGGACCAUGGAGAUCCUGGCCUCCAUUGCUUCCUCUGUGGAUAAAGGAGACUGUAUGGGUGGAUCGACACUGAGCCUCCUUCAUGACCGUACCUUCAACUAUACUGGAGACAGUCAGGCUCAGGAGCUGUGCCUCUACCUCACAAAAGCAGCUAGUGUCCCUUACUUUGAAAUACUGGAGAAGUGGAUCUACAGGGGUAUCAUCAAGGACCCUUACAGUGAAUUCAUGGUUGAAGAGCAUGAGCUCCAGAAAGAGAAGAUCCAGGAGGACUACAAUGACAAGUAUUGGGAUCAGCGGUACACAAUCAUACAACACCGAAUUCCGUCCUUUCUUCAGAAAAUGGCAGGCAAAAUUUUGAGUACAGGGAAGUAUCUCAACGUGGUGAGAGAGUGUGGCCGCGACGUGACUUGUCCAGAUGCAAAAGAGGUCCUGUACACUCUGAAAGAGCGAGCCUACGUGGAGCAGAUAGAGAAAUCCUACUAUUACGCCAGUAAGGUCCUUCUGGACUUCCUGAUGGAAGAGAAGGAACUGGUAGCACGACUGAGGUCAAUCAAACACUACUUUUUGAUGGACAAGGGAGAUUUCUUUGUCCAUUUCAUGGACCUGACCGAAGAGGAGCUCAAAAAGCCAGUGGAUGACAUCGUCCCUCCCAGACUGGAGGCCUUGCUAGAGCUGGCUCUAAGGAUGAGUACAGCUAAUACAGACCCUUUCAAAGACGAUCUGAAGAUUGACCUGAUGCCAUAUGACGUGAUCACCCAACUCCUCCGCGUGCUGGCCAUCGACACCAAGCAGGAGAAGGCCGUCAUCAAUGCCAACCCCCCCUUGGUGGCUCUCAGCGGCCUGGAGGCCUUUUCCUUUGACUACAUUGUCAAGUGGCCGCUUUCGCUCAUCAUUAACAGGAAAGCGCUGACAAUAUACCAGAUGCUGUUCCGACACAUUUUUUAUUGCAAACAUGUCGAGAGGCUUUUGUGCAACGUGUGGAUCAGCAACAAAACAGCCAAGCAGUAUGCCCUGCACAGGGCCAAAUGGUUUGCAACAGCCUUUGCCCUGAGACAGCGCAUGCUGAACUUCGUCCAGAACAUCCAGUACUACAUGAUGUUUGAAGUUAUGGAGCCCACCUGGCACAUCAUGGAGAACAACCUGAAAUCUGCGUCCAACAUAGACGACGUGCUGUGCCAUCACACCACCUUCCUGGACAACUGCCUGAAGGACUGCAUGCUGACCAACCCGGAGCUGCUGAAGAUCUUCGCCAAGCUCAUGUCCGUGUGUGUCAUGUUCACCAACUGCAUGCUGCGCUUCACCCAGAGCAUGAAGCUGGACCGGGAGCUGAACCGCCUGUCUCUGGAGCACGGCACCAUGGAGGGCCCUCCAACCCAGAGCGAACGCACUGAGGAGCAGGAGAAGAAAAAGCUCACCUCCAAGUUUCUGGCGGAGCACGUGGACGCGUUGCAGUCAGACGCGGGCUUCGAAGCCACCAUCAGCAAGUUUGACAGCAACUUCAGCACACUCCUUCUGGAUCUGCUGGACAAGCUCAGCAUCUACAGCACCACAGAUUGUGAGCACAGCAUGAUUAACAUCAUCUACAGAUUGGAUUUCAACGGAUUCUACACGGAGCGCCUCGAGAGGAUGGCUAUAGAGAGAAGUCAGAAGGCUGCAGCGUAGCACUACUGUGUCAGCGCGUGCGUGGUGAUCAUCGAUGCAAUACAUCGUUAUUCUCACCCCAGUGUAAUAAAAAAAAAAAAAAAACAUCUUCAGAGAAGACAAUUCUCCCCACAUCAAAAAUGAAGCUAUCAUCAAACAAAUGUUGUAGUGUUUCAUUUAAGAAACCAACGCCAUAGAUAUGGAUUUGUUCUGAAAAGUGCUUGUGGUGUUCCCUCUUCACGUUUAAAGGGGCAACGGAUAUAUCCAUGAACCAUAUGAUACUGUAUGAUUUUCUCGUAUUGGAAGUUAACCUGCUGCUCUAUGGGUAACUUAUUUUUUUAUCUUAUUAAAUUUGUUUGGGGUUUUAUUGCUCAAUAAAAAAGAAAAUGUCACCAAG